AUGAGAAUGAUAUACGGAUUCGGCUGUAAAAAUGUCAUCCUCUCUCUGCUCUUCAUUAGACCUGCUCCUAGCGAGAUCGACAUGGCCGACGUAGACCUCAUCAAGAGCCGAUUGACCUCGCAUCCCGAUUUUCCAAAGAAGGGGAUCGUGUUCCUCGAUAUCUUCCCCAUCCUCCGCGAGCCCCUCGUUUUCGAGACCUUGAUUACCCACCUGGCCCAGCAUAUAACUUCCCAUACACUCGGGAUAUCCCAAACGAAGAAGAUCGACGUUAUCGUUGCUCUUGACGCUCGAGGGUUCUUGCUUGGGCCAAUCGUGGCCCUGAGAUUAGGUGCUGCUUUCGUCCCCGUACGGAAAGCUGGCAAGCUCCCAGGGCAAUGCAUCAGCGCAAGCUACGAGAAGGAAUAUGGAACGGACUCUUUCGAAAUGCAGGCCGAUGCAAUCAAGCCCGGUCAGAAUGUCGUCGUUAUCGAUGACCUACUAGCUACAGGUAACCUUGUUCCUCACGAAAAGUUAACUGCCACUGACAGCUCUAAAGGUGGAUCAGCCCAUGCCGCGGGAGAGCUGGUCGCGAAACAGGGAGGCAAGACACUCGAAUAUAUCUUCAUCAUUGAACUCCUCUUCCUCAAGGGCUCCUCUAAACUGGAUGCACCAGUCUAUUCCGUCAUCCAGACCGAUGACUAG